UUUCCAAACAGCCGGGGCAUGCCACUCUCCAUGUAGGAACCUCCCCGUCCUCUCUGGAGACAGACAGACCGGCUGAACUGAGCUGAGAGCAGACUGAAGUGGACUGUCAGAGAUACACCCCCUCACAUCAGCAAGACAAAGUGGAGGAAACUGAUUGAGCACAUGUCACAAGGGAACAUCAUGCCUCAUAAACCAGCAGAAAAUGGAAUAAAGGGGAAGCCCCCUUACUCGGUGGAAACCCCUUAUGGCUUUCAACUUGAUUUGGACUUCCUAAAAUACGUGGAUGACAUAGAGAAGGGCAACACAAUCAAAAGAGUCCCCAUCCAACGCCGAAGCAAGGGCCCACGGUCGAGUACUCUUCCCAGGAACCUCGACCCUUCUGGAUGUGGCUACAGGCCAAGUCCCUGGGGAUCCACUGGAGCUCUUGGCCCUAGGUCAAAAUUGUCAGACCCCUAUCAUCAUAACCACAUAUCCUGGUCAAAUGAAUACAGGUCACCACUUUCUCCCACAGGACUCCAAUCCCUGGCUGAAAUGGAAGCCAGAAUCAAGGAGUUUGAUGAGCAGCCUUUAGGUGAGCACAUCAGACCUAACCUUCUUCGUGCCUCUAGUCUGCCACUCACAGUUUUGCUGAGGCAGGGGUCAGAGUCCACUGAUGACCCUGGCAGCCUCCGAAGUUCCAGGGAUCACCUGGGAGAAAGAAAUGUCUCCUGUGAGGACAUCUUCUAUUCCUCAGACAGCCCUCGACCCCAGGACUGCUCAGGGCUGUUGAGGCACCUUACAGAAGCCCUCGAACGUGUCGGGGAGCUUGAGAUGGAGAUUAGGGUCAUUCCAGAGCUCAGGGCCCAGAUCUGCAUCCUUCAGGAGGAAAGGGAGAGGCUUCGACUGGGCCUGAAUCAAAAGACCCAAACUCCUUCAAUGAAUGGAACCACAAACUUGAUCCACUACAAUACAGGGGACAUCAAACGGCCACGGCAUGAAAGUCAUGGCAUGUACCCUAAAAAUCACAGCUACCGUCGAGAAGACUCUAAUCCAUCACAUGAAUGGAGGACAAGCACGGAUCUAGACGAGCUACUGACGGUGACUUCCCUGCAGGCCAAAGUAGCUGUGCUGGAGCAGAAGCUUCAUGAGACUGGCCUGGAGCUUCAGAGGGCAUUGGGCCUGCUGAGGGAGCAGCAGGAUGAGAGCAGAAGAAAAGAGGAGAAGAUUGAACACCUGGUCAGAAAUCCUGGAGUUUGGGUGCGAGCAGAGAGAGUGGUGGUAGACCAGGAUGGAGAUGAGACUGUGGUGAGAUCCAUGGAACCCUUCGAUCACAACGUAUCCAAGUCUACAAGAACUGUUCAUAAAAAUGAUCAACAGAGUCCACAAACACUUCUGGCUGUGGCUGAUUCCACUAAAAGGCGUUCAUUAGAGUCUGCUGGACCUGUAGAGACUCCAAAUGACAACAGAGACACAACAGUUGUCAUCCACCACAUCAGAAAGAUCAAGAAGCUCCUGGAUCAGCAGUGGGAGUGUUUGUGUGCAGAGCAUCAGUUACAGGAGGGGGGUAGACCUCUAAAGCAUCCAGACCCCAAAGUCAACUCUCUGCAGCAGGAGAUGAUGGGUCUUGUUGACAUCCUCACUUCAUAUUACAGCCAGCAUGGACACGGUGAUGAGGAGAGGACUCAUGGAGCCUCUAAAUCCAUCACCAGGACAGACAGACGUCCCCAGAUGUCAGGAGACCUACACUCUGGGAAUGUUAAUGAAGGAAACGUGGACGGGCAGCACUGUGUGAACCAGAGCGAGCAGAAGGACAGCAUACGCCCCUGGGAGAUGGCUGCUGCUCAGGUGGACGCUGACCCGGAGAAAAGACAAACGGGGGGAGAGAUGCGUAUAAGCCCAGACAGACAGAUGAUAUCAGGAGGAGCGGGAUCAGGGCGGACAGAUGGAGGUGUAGCGUCUUUGGAAGCUGAGACUCAAGAGAAAACAGCCAAGAUGAAACUGCAGCCCCCAGGAGAACAGAUGGAGGGAAGUUCUGGCUCAGAAACCACCACCGGGGGCAGGGAGACAGUGAGCGCUGAUUUUAUGGCAGCUUGUCAGUUCCUCAAAGAUCACAUGGACAACAUGAAUAACCCCAAUGAUGACAUGAGGAAGGCUCUGGUGGUGUGUUUCCAGCACUGGUUCAGUGCAGCAGCAGAGGAGUCUUCAGAGGCCAGCAGGCUGGCAUUGUACCUGAGAGAAGUGAAGAGGACUACACCGUCUCUGCUGGCCUUCCUGGUAAACCUGGCUGAUGACAACAGCAACACAGUGCUUCAUUACAGCGUGUCUCACUGCAACUACAACAUCGUCAGCCUGCUGCUGGACACGGGUGUGAGCGACUUAAAUAUUCAGAACAAUGCAGGUUACACUCCAGUGAUGUUGGCCUCACUGACAGCUCCUGAUGGACCUGGUGGGAUGGAGGUGGUUCGUAAACUCAUGGAGCACGGCAAUAUUCACACUCGCUCCAGCAAGACGGGCCAGACAGCUCUGCACUUGGCGGUGAGACAUGGCCGAGUUGUGAUGGUUCGCCUGCUGCUGAGCUAUGGAGCAGACGCUAACAUCCAGGACCAUCAGGGAACCACGGCCCUGAUGUUUGCAGCUGAGAGAGGACACACGCACAUUGCAAGGUUGCUGCUGGAGAGGAGUCAGUGUGACCUGACCCUAACGGACAAGCGUGGUCAAACUGCACUUUCUAUCGCCAUGCAAGGUUCCCACACGGAUACAGCCACGCUCCUGCAGGCCCACGCUAAAGCUCGAGCUUUGUAGCUCUGAAAUACUGGAAAAUAAUCUGCUGACAAAUGAUCUUCUCGUAUGCUUUUUUUCUGUCUGAAGCACUUCAAACCAAGUUUUAUGUCAACAGUCAAUGGUUAGGGUUGAGUUGUUGCUGUCAUGUAAUUGUUUUUACUUACUGGACUAUUGCAGGAAUAUAAGCUUGAGUUGGGAAUGGGUAUACAAUCAUAACAAGACCUAAAAUCACUGAUGAGUGAGGUAAAGCUGUCUGUCAUUAUUGCUGAUGAAGGACAGAGCUGCAGUAAAUGUGCCUUCUAUUCAGAUAUUUAUGACUAUGUCUAACCUUUGCACAACAACGUAGCAUCUCUGCUUGGCAAACUAUGCAAUAUUAUAAGUAUUUAUUAUGAGAAGAUUAUUAUAAAGCUCAGUUAUUAAGAUAUUGGUGCUUUAAAACUAACAGAAAUAUCUGAUUUACUAUGGUAGCCAAGCCUUUUAAUUAAAAAUGGCUGUCAAUGAGAAAUAAGCAUAAAAGAAAGACAUUUUCUAUGCCAAAAACCAUCUGGUAAUUCUUAUCAGUAAAUCACAGAGCCUCGUAAGGGACAUGGGCUGAAAGAAAUUAAGUAAGUUUUUUAAGGGUGUACCAGAGACUAAGUAGCACUAAUGAGAAACUGUUUGUCUUUUUAAGAGAAAGGGGAACUUUAUGAGAAACACUGAGAAAUGGUAAAAGAGUUUUAAGUCGAUCCUAUCAGACUACAUUGCACAAACUCUCUCUGAUGUACACACGAUUCUUUCUUGUAUUUAUAAGAAACUAUCUUGUUCACUGUUCACACUGCUGAUCCUUUGUCAGCCCCUGUCCUCACCAGGAAGUGACCCCCUGAUUAAGCCCCACAAUCCUUUGUUGCUAUAGCUUAGACAAAAUCUCUCAUGGCCAGGCUCCUUCCCAUUUGAAACAGUUAAAAAUGCUCUGUGAUAUGAAAAAACUUAUGUCAAUAUUUAAUUAAUUGCUUAGCUUUUCUCAUGAGCAUUGCCUCAGUGAAAGAAUAAAUACAAAAGUAUGAGAGUGGUCUGGCUGCAAGCCACAGCUCCCAGACUAGCAGACCACUACUGUGAGACGCCAUCUCUGUCAGGAUAACUGAGGUACAUUUCAUAUGUGUUUCUUCUUUUCAUUGCAGAUCUUGUUUUUCCAAAUUUAUUCCUGAAUAAAGUCUGUCAGUUACAUUCACGAAAUAACCACAUUGCAAACAUAACAAACUCAAUAAAAACUAAGAAAAAGUCCUAAAAUCCUAAAUCUAAUCCAGGAUUAAAUUAUGUACACCUGCAUAGGAGAAGUCACAUGACAGUGGUUCAUUUAAGUGUCUUGAGAUAACUUUGGUAAUGAACUUGCACUAUACAGACAAAAAUUGAUUGAUUCAAUUCAAUUGAUCUUCGUUAGCUUUAGCUUUUCUAAAGCUAACAUUUGUCGUUCACACUACAAUAUAAGCCAAUGAAGCAACGUGAGCUUUAGUUUUUGUAACAUGAGCUUUGGCCAACACUAGCAUGAUUAAUGCUAGGUCACACUACAGCUUUAGCCAUCGUAGCUAUGUAGCUUCAUUAGCUACGUAGCUCCUUAAGCUUUAGCUUCCUUAUUCAGAUAGCUUUGCUAAUUUUGAUAGAGUUUUUCAUAGAGGACAAGCUUUUCCCCUACAAGAAGACUGUUUACUCAGUUUUGGAAAAUAUUUUGUAAUCAGGUUUUUAACUUUUAACUUUUUGGUGGCCUGACUCUUGCCUCAACCCCUACCAAAAGUUUAAUCUGGUUUUAUUUAAAAAUUUUAGCAUUUGUUUCUCUCCUGACAGAGGCAGCUUCUGAAAGCGAGACUGUCUUGAAAAAAAUGGUAGGAUAAGUCAAAAAAGAGAAAUAUAAAUCUUGUUCUGAAAGGAUAUAAAUGGCAAUUUUGUAAGAUAAAAUCAUGCUUUGAAUUCUGGACAUGGUUACAGCAAUAUUUAUAACUUAAAAACUAAAGAUCAAAGAUUAAAGAUUUAUUUAUUGUCAUUCCAAAACAUGGUGCACAUGAGGAGGAACGAAACACAGUUACUGAAGUCCGAUUGUUAUAUGUAGAGGCUCCUCAUGUGCUUCAUGUUUUGGAAUGACAAUAAAUAAAUCUGUAAUCUUUCAUUUUUAAGUUUUCAGUUCUUUAGUCUGAACUGGGCUUAAUGAAAGUUGCCUGGCAAAGGGGGCUCUCUUAUUGGUAGGUCAGCAGCAGGCCUGCCCACAGAAACAAUAGGGUCCCUGAACAAUCCAUGAAAAGGCCCUUCUAUAUGAGAUUUAUACAUGUUAAUAUGCCUAAGCUUUUAAAAAUGCUCUCUCCAUUAUUAAUAAAUUCAUAUCUGGCUAUUUAUGACUCUGCAUUCACACACGCAUCACCUGCUUGUGCUUUUACAAUGUUCCUUUCCAUAUAGCUGGAAGGUUGUGUGUAGCAAGCUCACAAUGACCUUCUUGAUUUUAACAGAAAAUACAUACAACAGAAAAUCUUACAUUCAAAAGAGAGGAAUUGAACUAUGGUCUCUAAUACAUUUACCUUAAGAAAGAAUUAAUAAAGCACAGACAUUUGUCGCCAAUUUCAGGAAGCGUUUUAGCUCAAAAAUGUAUACUUUUGUGUGCUACUUCUACGUUGGAUUAAUACAGUUAUGACUGGCCCCAGAAAGCUUUCUCCUUUAACUCCCCCCUUAUAGGCGGCCCUGGUCAGCAGACCAAUCAGAGGAUCAAUACUUUCUCAUGAGUAUGAGAAACGUACUCAUAACAACAGGAUAGUUUCUGGUAUGUCAAAGGUCUCAUUUCUUUCUGCCAAUGUCCCUCAAGAGACUCCGUAAUAAAAUGCAAUUUGCUGAUUUAUAAAAUGUCUUUUUUUCAUAAACAGACAAAGAUAUAUGCGGUUUCUACAAGGCAAAUAAGUGUUUAAAGAUGUACUGCA